AUGAAGAAUAAGCAGGUUGGUGAUCAAUCCUGUCCAAAACCUCCAAUGGUUCAUUCCUCUGGUUGUCCUCGUGCAAAACAAAAUAAAAAUGAUGAUCACUCCUCCUCUCUUCCAAAUUUGGUAAGUUCAUCCAACCCAAAUAUGGUAAGUUCAUCCAUUCCAACUUUCUUCAACAGAAAUAGUGAAGAGUUUUAUCAUAAUAGGUUUUGUCAUAAGCCUAUGUUACUAGAGCGUGGUGCUCAGUUGGAUAAGAUGACAGAUGUGGACUGUGCUAUUAUUUUUGGUUUUCGACAUUGGAAUUCUAUAGUUCAAAUAGAUAAGAAUGAUAAAUCAUAUGAUGAAUUAGUGAGGAUAUUUUAUGCAAAUAUGCAUGAUGUUGAGAAGGAAGAUUUGAAGUUUAAAUCUUAUAUGAGGAAUGUACGUUUUCAAGCGAACCCGGAUUUGAUUUCAAAGAUAUUGAAUGUUCCUUCACCCUUUGUUGUUGAAAAUACUUUGACAUACCCAUUCAAGAAUCUCAGUGAUCAACCUGCCCUCGCGAAUGUUGCAACAAAAUUUUAUGGUAGACCUUUUAAUCUUAAUAUCAUGAUGCAUUAUGGAGUUGUCAUUCACCCAACUGACAGUUAUAAGUCCCCUAUGAGUUCAUUUGAUGAAUACACAUUAAAAAAGAGUUUGGGGCAAACCGAUUCAUAUAAUCUAGAUGAUUAUGAUCCCAGGGCAAGUACUUUAGGUUCAGGGGAUAUUGUACAAAUGUUUAAACAGCUUUUGGUAAAUCAAGAGGAGAUGCAACAAGAAAUGAAGGAGUCUCUGGAGCAGCUACGUGAAGACACAAAAGAGUCUCUCAAGUAG